UAGGCCCAAUUUGAAUUGCCCUUGAUUAGGGGAUCUGCAGAUAUCGACAAUAACCGAUUGACCAUCUUCCGCUUGCUCUGGACGUUCGCAGUUCGCAGUUCACAACUUUGAGAGUCUCCCAGCCGUGCGCCCGUGCAGCCCUGCGACUCUGCUAGCCCAGAACUCUAGAAGAUCAGAACCUCCCACUUCCCAGAUUACGAAGAGAGGAUUGGGCUGAACCAAAGGUUCAGAACAUGAAAAUGGAUGCUCUUUCUUCUCCACUGAAACUCAUACUACUGAGAAGAACAUUGUGGAAAGCAUUUAGACCUCCGCUUCACUCGUUUUAUUCAACACGAACGGCUUACGUAUCCUCUUCAUUGUUUGCAGUGUAUAGUGAUGUUACAGAACCUUCAGGUUAUAGACCCGAACCUUUCGUGGUUUACCCUUCUAGAAGCAUCUGUUGCUACACCUCUCAGCUCAAUAAGGAAGCUCUAGGUCCAACCGCCAUUGAUUACAGUUUACUGCUGGAGGAAGAUGAGUAUCACAAGCUGGCUAACUCUACUAUCCAUGACCUCCUUGAGAAGUUGGAGGAAUAUGGUGAUUUAAUAGAUAUUAUUGGGUUUGAUGUUGACUAUGGGAAUGAGGUUCUCACACUGAAGCUUGGUAGUUUGGGGACCUAUGUGAUAAACAAACAAAUGCCUAAUAGGCAAAUAUGGAUGUCAUCGCCAGUAAGUGGUCCGUCAAGAUUUGAUUGGGACCGGAAGUGUGAAGCUUGGAUAUAUAGGCGGACCAAGGAAAGUUUGUUGAAUGUCUUAGAGAGUGAACUGGAAAAACUUUGUGGGACUCCCAUCAAACUGAUUUAAGUUCCUGAUCUUGGGCGCCACAUAGAUGUAUGUCUUCUUCUUCAAGUUCUGGUUCUGGAAGAGUGCAACGGAUGUAGACAUAACCAAACUGCUGGACUAGACUCUACUAAAGUGGCUUCUUCAAAGGGGGCACCCGUUCAUGGGACAUUCUGUUCUACUUGGUUUUUAUUUUAUAAUGCUCCAUCGUUCUGUCUCUUUUUCUUUUGCAUUAUUUGGUAUAGUAUGGGAUCUGAUUCUACUUUUUGCGUUAUAGGGGAAUCUCCUCAAUUCUCUUCAUUGUUCAAGUCAUUUCUUUGUAUCAUAUGGAUUUAUAUUAGUUUCUAUGUGUAAUUAUAAAUACAUAAAUGUUCAUUAAAUAUAUAAAGUAAUGAAUUAGAAUUUGAACAAAAUUAGUCCGUAAUGUAAUACUCCCUUUG